CUACCUUGUGUAAACAUACGAAAUAACUCGAAACACAUUGCAUGUAGCACACCUAGAACGUUCAAAAGUCGGGUCAAUGCAACUAAACACGACAGCCCUUAAACCUGUUUAUAUUAUACAUUCCUUCCUCCUCUGGGCACUUAUUCUUAGGGUAAGCUUUCAGUGACGUCAUUAACUUCUCUUCUAAGAUCAAGUAUUGCCCGUUGCGAAUUUAAUUACAGUGUUACCGUGUUAUUGGUUGUAGUGUUUUGGAUGCUGUGCUUUUUAACACUUUACUAGUAAUUCUUAGUGAAGAUCCGCAGUGAAAGAAUUGACUAAAAAUGACUACGAAAGAACUAUUACUGAACGCUGUAGCGCAACCAGCUCAAGAUGCCGGUGACAGAAUCACAGUUGUGGGUGUGGGAGCUGUAGGAAUGGCAUGUGCUUUCAGCAUUCUCUCUCAGGGAUAUUCAAGUGAUGUAGUUUUGAUAGAUGUCAUGAAAGAUAAGCUUAAAGGGGAAUUGAUGGACCUGCAGCAUGGCUCACUGUUCAUGAGGAAUCCUAGAAUAAAUGCUAGUACAGACUACACAGCAACAGCCGGUUCAAAGAUCUGCAUAGUGACAGCCGGCGCUCGGCAACUGGACGGCGAAACGAGGCUGGAUCUGGUGCAGCGCAACACGGACAUCAUGAAACACAUCAUCCCCCCUUUGGUGAAGCACUCGCCCAACACCAUCCUGUUGAUCGUGAGCAACCCUUGCGAUAUCCUGUGCUACGUCGCGUGGAAGCUCAGCGGCCUACCUCAGAACAGAAUCAUCGGCUCAGGCACCAACCUGGAUACGUCCAGGUUCAGGUUCCUGAUCGCAAGCAAACUGGGUAUAGCGCCGACCAGUGUGCAUGCUUGGAUCAUCGGGGAGCACGGAGAUAGCAGCGUGCCCGUAUGGUCCGGUAUAAAUGUAGCUGGAGUGAGACUGCGUGAUCUUAACCCUGAUCUUGGAACCGAACACGAUAAAGAAAAUUGGAAAGAACUACAUGAAAAAGUAGUUAGUUCAGCAUAUGAGGUAAUCAAAUGCAAAGGGUACACCAACUGGGCUAUUGGACUAUCUGUCUCCGCUCUGGUCCACACCUUGCUAAAUAACGUAAAUCGGGUCCACGCUGUAUCCACGUGUGUCAAGGGACUUCACGGCAUCGAAGAUGACGUCUUCCUUUCCUUACCUGCGGUGCUGGGUGAGAAUGGCAUCAUCUCUAUAGUAUCGCAGAAGUUGACUGAUACAGAAGAAGCAGCCUUACAGAAAGCUGCAAAAGUUAUGAGUGAGGAACAACAGAAACUGAAGCUGCCGAAGUAAUGUCCUUCCGACAUUUUAUGGCGUGUUGCUUUAUCUUUUAUUCCCAGUGCACCUUGAGAUUAUUGAAUCAGGAUUUUCUUCGUAGUUGUAGCUCAGAAUCUCGUAAGUAAGAGGUACUUUUGCGUUUGGCACUAUUUAUAGGAAUGCUUGGAAUUGUUAUUUUCAUAGAAAGUGAAUGGAACCGGAACAGCUUAAUUCACAGACAAUUCCUAUAGUACUUACAUGGACUCUUAUAACAAAUAAUUUUUAUAAGAAACCAAACGUUACCUCAAAAUGAAAAAAUAUAAAUCAUCAUGAAGGGUGUUUUAGAAAUAAAACUGGUCCAUAGCCCCGUUAUGAUAAAUAUCUAAUAAUUAAACCUCCUCCACCGUACUUGGAAAAUAUGCCACUCUCUACAUGGUAAUUCUUUACUAUGUGGCAACACAACUUGUUUUUGAGAGUUCUAUAAGCUACCAAUAUUUUAUUAUAUAAAGCCUUUUCCAUAUACAGACAGGAUCAAUUUUUUCAUUGAAUAAUUGUUAAUUUUAUCUAUACCAUUUACAUACAGAUUUUUCAAAGUUUUUGUUGUUUUUUGGGUGGUAUAAGUUUUUACUGUUUCCUUAUGUUCAUAUUUUAGAAUAAUCUUUCAGAAACCCGAUUUUUCAUUCAAUUAUAUUGUAGAUGCACAUUAUCUACCUG